AUGGCUACUGAGGAUGAUAACUUCGACAUUGACAUCUAUGGGGAUGGUUCCGGCUAUACUGCCAACGAGCAAGGAGAUAUCAAACACGAUGAGGCCGAUAUUAUUCUAGACGCACCAGAUAACGCCCAGCAAGGCAAUGCGCAGGCGACUCAACAGCAAGCUGGUAAUGCCGGAAACGCUACUACGAAUGGACAACAACAAAUCCCAAGUUCGGAGACCGUGAAUCAGGACCAAACACCAAAGGAAACACCAACUCCGCAACAAGGUGUUAAGCGACAAGAAGAUCGCCCUUCCGAUCCCGACGCGACGACUGCUCUGCUCAUCUCGGAUCUGUUUUGGUGGACAACAGAUGACGAUAUUCGUGGCUGGGUCAACGAGGCCGGUGUCGAAGAUGAGCUCAAAGAUGUAACGUUCAGCGAACACAAGGUGAACGGUAAAAGCAAAGGACAAGCAUUCAUCGAAUUCACCACAAUCCAAGCAGCGACAGCCGCCAAACACAAAAUCGAAACCAUCAACGCAACUGGGCAAACAGGACGUAAGCACUCCCUCACCUACACAAGCCCUCACAUGAACCCCUUCCGCACCCUCCCCAAAGACGCCCCCAUGCGUAAAGACAACCAAGCCCGCUCAGCAGCCGGCUUCAACUCCCCGAACCCGAACAUGAACUUCGGCAUGAACAACAUGGGUGGAGGAGGAGGCUUCCGCGGCGGCCGCGGAGGCUUCAAUAACCGCGGCGGCAUGAACAACAUGGGUUUCAACCGCAACUUCCAGAACCCCAUGGGCGGUUUCCAAGCUGCUCCAAUGGUCGGCGGCUUCCAGCCAAACCCGAUGGGCGGGAUGCAGAGCUACGGCUUCAAUAACCGCGGGAACAUGAUGGGCGGUGGGAUGCGCGGUGGUCCUGGCGGGAUGCGCGGCCGUGGAGGUGGUAUGGCGGGACCGAACAUGAUGGGUAUGCCUGCUAUGAACCCCAUGGGUGGAAUGGGAAUGAACCCAAUGGGCGGUGGCAUGAAUCCGAUGAUGGGUGGAAUGGGUGGAAACAUGGGCAUGCAGGGACAAGGCGGUUUCCAAGGUCCCAAUCCUGCUUUCAACCAGGGCUUCUCCUUCCCUAACCAGGGUGUAGGAGGAGAUGGAGCAUGGAACCCUCACGGCGCGAAGCGCAGUCGACAGGAGUGA